AUGGCGGCCUCAGCCAGUUACGCGACACCUCAACACGCAUCCUCGGCACAGCCAGCCCCAGCAAACCCGGGCAACCAUGCGACACUCCACAAGGACGGCUAUCCUAGUCUUGCUUUCUUCUUUUCGCAAAACAGCAGAUAUUUGCAUUUGCGAAAAUUCUCCGCUCUCGCAAUCCGCGUUCUGCUAUAUCGCCAGUACAAACUGACCAGGUUGGAAAAGGACCUGCUGCAUCUUGAACAACGCGAUGCUGAAAAGAACCCGAAUAUCUUGAAAGACUUUGCUCUCAUCGAAGCAGAAUCGAGAAGUUCUGGAGUCCCUCCAGAGGCUACUCAGUGUUGGCUGUACGAAGAGCUUCAGAGCGAGUUGAAGGAAUAUGAAGAAGCACUGCUGCGACUCAAUCGCCUUGCCGGGAAAGGCUACGAUGUCGCGGACCUUCGUAAUUUACAGGUCUUGUUUGACCAGACUCGUGGACCACCGGGUGCUCUUUUGGGACUCGACGGAGCGGUCUGGGGCUCGACGAACGAUCAGGAAGGCCACGCAUUCGACAUCUACCAGAUCAUCGAUCAGCCAAGUCUCAGUAAGAUAGGAAGGUUCUUCUGGGAUAAGUUUGCCCUGUGGGCUCCGUACAUUCCAGCCUGGCUCUGGAUGGCCCUGACCUGGUCAAGACCACCCCCAGUCGGGUAUGUGUAUGAGGCCUUCAGCAUGCGCAGAUUCGAAGCUGUGGUUGAACUUUCCGGAAACAUCUUAGCUUCAUUGCUCAUAUAUGUGGCCGUUACCUCCCUGUACCUCACCGCGGAGCGUGCAUCAAGCGUCGUAGGGGUUAUCGUUAUUGCUGUAAUCAUAACCGCUUGCAGUCUGUUGUUUCGCAAUCAGAAGUUCGUCUCUAUGCUUUCGACGUAA